CACCACCUCCACACCGCCCUUGCCCCCUCGCUCUUCUUUUCUUCUUCUUCUUCUUCUUCUUCCCCCUGACGCUCUCACUCCCACCCGCUCGACCACCACCACCGCCUCCUCCUCCUCACCUCGCACCCCGCAAAACCUAGCCCCAGGUCCUCUCCUCCCCUCCGCCUUGCCGCAUUACCCCCAGAUCCACCGCCUCCGGCCCAGAUCCACCCAUGCGCCUCCCGGUGCUACUCCCGCUGCUGCUGCUGCUGCUCGCCGCGGCAGCGGCGGUGGCGGCGGCGGAAGCGGCGACGCUUUCGGCGAGGAUGGUGCACCGGCUGUCCGACGAGGCUCGGCUCGCGGCGGGCGCGCGUGGGGGGCGGCGCUGGCCCCGUCGCGGGAGCGGGGAUUACUUCCGCGCGCUGGUGCGGAGCGACCUCCAGCGGCAGAAGCGGCGGGUCGGCGGCAAGUACCAGCUCCUCUCCCUCUCCCAGGGCGGCAGUAUCUUCCCCUCCGGCAACGACUUGGGCUGGUUAUACUACACUUGGGUGGACGUUGGGACGCCAAAUACUUCCUUCCUGGUCGCAUUGGAUACUGGAAGUGACUUGUUUUGGGUGCCUUGUGAUUGUAUCCAAUGUGCGCCAUUGUCCAGCUACCAUGGAAGUUUGGAUAGAGAUCUUGGGAUUUACAAGCCAUCUGAAUCAACUACAAGUCGGCAUCUGCCCUGUAGCCAUGAGCUUUGCUCACCGGCUUCAGGUUGCACAAACCCGAAGCAGCCUUGUCCAUACAAUAUUGACUACUUUUCAGAAAAUACAACCAGCUCCGGUUUGCUAAUUGAGGAUAUGUUACACUUGGAUUCUAGGGAGGGCCAUGCACCUGUGAAUGCUUCUGUCAUUAUAGGCUGUGGUAAAAAGCAGAGUGGUAGCUAUUUGGAAGGUAUUGCACCAGAUGGACUUCUUGGUCUUGGAAUGGCAGAUAUCUCAGUACCUAGUUUCCUUGCAAGAGCUGGAUUAGUACGAAAUUCCUUUUCAAUGUGUUUCAAGAAAGAUGAUUCUGGGAGAAUUUUCUUUGGUGAUCAAGGAGUACCUACCCAACAGUCUACACCAUUUGUCCCGAUGAAUGGCAAGCUUCAGACUUAUGCUGUUAAUGUUGACAAAUAUUGUAUUGGACAUAAGUGUACGGAGGGAGCUGGCUUCCAGGCAUUAGUAGACACUGGAACAUCCUUCACCAGUCUUCCCCUCGAUGCCUACAAGAGUAUCACUAUGGAGUUCGACAAACAAAUCAAUGCAUCAAGAGCAUCUUCUGAUGAUUAUUCUUUCGAAUAUUGCUACAGCACCGGUCCUCUUGAGAUGCCUGAUGUUCCAACUAUAACUCUGACUUUUGCUGAGAACAAGAGUUUCCAGGCUGUUAAUCCUAUACUUCCAUUUAAUGACAGACAGGGAGAAUUUGCUGUCUUUUGCUUAGCAGUACUACCAUCACCUGAACCUGUUGGGAUUAUUGGGCAGAAUUUCAUGGUUGGCUAUCACGUAGUUUUUGACAGAGAAAAUAUGAAGCUGGGCUGGUACCGCUCUGAAUGCCAUGAUCUUGACAACAGCACGACGGUGUCCUUAGGUCCAUCACAGCAUAACAGUCCAGAGGACCCCCUACCGUCAAACGAGCAGCAGACCUCUCCGGCUGUCACGCCGGCUGUCGCAGGCAGGGCUCCGUCCUCUGGCGGAUCGACGACUCUGCAGAACCUACUUGCUAACUCUAACAUGCUGCUCUUACUGACUAUGUCCGUGUUCUUCAUCUCAUGAACAACUCGCUGACAAUGAUCUAACUUAUAGUAGCUCUGUAAAUUGUAUGUGCCUCGUAUAUGCCUAUAUGGUGUCUUUUUGUUGCUUAGAGAGCUCAGUAAAUCAGCAGCUGCAUGCUUCUGGGUGC